UUUAUUAUUAUAUUUACAAAAUACCGCAGUUUUGUCUUGGUCGUAUCAUUUUAUUUUGUCGUAUUUAUCCGCGACACCUUAAUGGCCGGUCCGUGAAAAUACUGUCUGACGUUAAACCGGUCCAUGGCUGGACCCAAAAAGGUUGGGGACCGCUGACUUAAAUCACCUUGUAGACCACAUUUACAAAUCCAUUGAGUUGCUGCAGUGGGAAUGACUGAUUUCAUGAACAAGUAGUUGAACAGUUACAAGUAUGUAUAGUGGCAAAAUAAAAAGAAGCUUUUUCUUGAUAGAUAUGAUUUCCAGCACAUUCAUGACGUAGAUGCCACUAUUUUCAGCCUGAAUGUUAAAAUAACAAUAUUUCCACUUCAACAUGUUUCUAGGAAAAAUGUUCCCAUGGUGACACCUACUGUAGGGAAAACUUUGAAUACUUUGAAGGUUUUUAUUUUUGUAUGUCUUUGACUAGAACAGCAGUGUAACAGGAGCAAGAUGUAGUUGAUAAAGUGUCAUUCUAACAUCAAACUAAUACCAGAGGCUCAAAUUCAGAGGUGGGCGUGGCCUAACUUAUUUGUUUGAGAGAAAGAGUGCAAGUACUGUUGCUUGCACUGUUCCCAUGCGUUUCUGCAUAACCAGUAAGCCCUUUAUUAAUGUAGUGUAUGUAUUACAUAAUUAGACUUUAAUCUGCAGUAUAAUUGCAUUAUCUUCAAAGACAAUGUCUGAUUUUAAACAUGUUAAACAUGUUUAGUCUGAAGCAACUAAAAGUCCUAAACAUGUUGAACUGAUGUCUCAUAGCAUCUUUUGCUGGAAGGUCGUGUUCUUGAUGGUGGGUGGCUCGGUGAUAAGGUCACAUUCAGGAGCAGCGAUACAGCAUCUCUUUGUUGUGUAAAGACAACUGAAUCACAAAAUACUGCACAACAGUUGCUUAGCAACCUCUGUCUGGUCAGUGUUUGAAGUGGCAGAAAGCAGCAAUCCGCUUCUACUCAAUCUGCUGCUGAGAUCUGACUGACAGGAUGCAUAAAUGGUGUGUGUUCAUGGUGGGAACUUACUGAUGUGUAACCUGGAGAUUUCUGCACAGAACUUUAGAGUUGAGGUUUUCUUAGUUUUGUUUUUGUUUUUUGUUUUUUAAAUUGUAGACAGUCGUGAAAAACUACAUCAUGCAGAGCAGAAUUCAAAAAUAAAGAAUUUUCUCUUCAGCUGUUCAUAAUGUUACAGAUUAGCCAGUUCGGUUAAGAUGACUCUGUAAACUUCUAAGACUGUAAUAAAGUCUGUGGGGUUGAGAAACCUAAGUCUCUAUUUGUGGCGAGUUCAGCAUUGCACUUUAUCAGGUUUACAGACUGAAUUCACUGAUGUGAAAGUGAAGAUCUUUUUCUUUUCUUUUUUUACUUUUUUCAAAUUUUGAAUUUUGAGAUAUGCUGAAAGGCUUUUCUGUUUUCAUUCAUUUUUGUAUUGUAUAGUGUAAAGCACAUAGUGUUUUAUAGAAUAAAACAGAACUUGAAAAACAAACUCUGUGCACUUGUAGAGAAACCAGGUAAUGAGAUAUAUGGCUUGUUGGGUUUUUUUGUUUUGUUUAGUUUGUUUGUUUUAGUCAUUUUGAUUUAAUUACCCAUUUCACAACAGCACAAGUCAAGUUUAGGACAAUGUCAUGGAAGGUGUUUACAAAUUAAUUUUUUUAUAAGUAGAACUAUUACUGUUGUUAGAUUAAUAGAAGCACACAACAGAGCAGAGUUUUGAUAUAACUGAGUGUCAAAUUUCAGAUGCGAGCCCUCCUGUUAGCAGGCUUCUCUCAAAUGCUCAUGUAUGUAAACCGUUAUUGGAUGAAUCUGAUCUGAUGACAUUUGAAGAGUUUGCUUUUGUAAUUUCUUCUUGUCACUUUGCUCACAGAGCUAAACUUCCUUAGACUUACAAUCUUCCUUUUGCUUUAUCGUUACUGUCGGCUUGAAUCCACAUACUGCUUAUCAGCGAAUAAAUGCCCUACAUCUUCAUCAGCAUCUUGUUCUGCGCUGAGGCAACUGUUUUACAGAGUGGCUACACUGACAUCUUGAGUCCAAUUGAUGUACAGGAUGGAGAAGAGUUGGACCUGGUUCUGUUUCUUGAUGACUGAGCUGCAGACUAACCAGUGAUUGGAUCUCCCGAGAAAACAACUGAGAGAUUAUCAGCAUCCGUGGCUUAUUUGAAGUGCAGCGAGCAGGUGACAUCACAGCUGAUCCGCCAACCACAAAACACAGCUCAGCACAUGAUCCACCUGUCACUCUAAACCCUGAGACAAGUCUCAAAGCCGGGCAAGCUGCCUUCUCUAUAUCUUCUUCCUGAUUCACUCCACCUCCUCAUCUUUUAUUUCCUUUUUUAAUUAAGGCUUCUUAUUCACAGAGUGAAGCAAUCACAUGCUCACUGAAGACAGCGGGACGCAGACAGGGGAGUUUUUACUGAGAGGCUUUCGUUCGGCUGGAUAAGAUCGUGGACGGUCUGUAGUGUUUCCUCUGCACAGCCACAGACACACUCAGCUGCACAGGUAAGCACAGAAACACGACACAAUGCCAGCUGUCAAGAACAAGAAAAAGAAGGUGAAGAAAGAGGUUGUUGAUGAGGAAGAGCAGGGAGAAGUGGCCCUGGAUGUGGAGAUGGAGGAAGUGAUCAACAGGAGCCAUUCUGACAGCAGAGACCCUUUGACCCCAGAGCCACAGGAUCUAGCACCACAGAAGAAAAAGAAGAAGAAGAAGGCACCUACAGUUGAACACGAAACAGAGCAUGCUGAUACGCCAAAUGGCAACAUUGCUGAACCAGUGAUAGAUGGAGAAGAAAUGAAUGUCGCUGUAACCAGGAGGACAAAAAGGAAGAGGAAGGCGAAGGCUGCAGAGCACUCCAGCAAUGAUCUGGGAGCAGAAGAUGACGAUAUCAUCACAGACUCCCAGUCGCCCAUCCCCCAGCAUUCCCUGUUCUCAGCCCCGCACGGACAGAGCCAUCCGGCUGGCAAAGUGUUUGUGGAGAGGAACCGGCGGUUUCAGGGAGAGCGAGUGGAGCAUCUCCGACACUCUGAGUUGAUGGAUGACUACAUGGAACCCAGACAGCUCUGGACCACCAGAGAUGUUGCAAUACGAGUCCACAGCAGCUUCAGGGUGAUAGGUCUGUUCUGCCACGGUUUUCUGGCCGGCUUCGCAGUGUGGAACAUCAUUGUUGUGUACGUCUUAGCGGGCGAGCAGAUGACCACGCUCCCCAACCUGUUGCAGCAGUACCACCUGCUGGCCUACCCGGCUCAGUCUCUGCUCUACCUGCUGCUGGCCAUCAGCACUGUGUCUGCAUUCGACAGAGUGAACCUGGCCAAGGCCUCCAUGGCCCUGAGAGGCUUCCUCACCCUGGAUCCUGUCGCUCUGGCUUCCUUCUUGUAUUUUAUAGCCCUGAUCCUGUCCCUCAGCCAGCAAAUGGCCAGUGAUCGCAUCAACCUGUAUCCCACUGCCAACGAGACUCUGUGGCCUCCUGGUUCAGAGCAGCAGAUCCUGCGGCCGUGGAUUGUAGUGAACCUGGUGGUGGCGCUAUCAGUGGGCCUGGCCUGGGCCGUCGUCUCCACACGACCAGACAUCGACUACACAGAAGAGUUUUUGAUGACAAUGGAAGUGGAGGGAUACCCGAGAGGAGAUGAGAACCUGGACAUUCCGGCCUGAAACCUCUCUCUCUUUCUUUGUCUCCAAGUCUGUUUAUGUUUUUGUAUAAUGUAGC